AUGCGGCACCGCAACCUGGUGGAGCUGCGCGGGUGGUGCAAGCACGGCCAGGACCUGCUCCUCGUCUACGACUUCAUGCCCAACAGCAGCCUCGACGCGCACCUGUUCGGCGGGGGCAACAAGGUGCUCGCGUGGGCGCAGCGGCUCAACGCCAUCCGGGGCGUGGCGCGCGGCCUGCUGUACCUGCACGAGGAGUGGGAGCACGUGGUGGUGCACCGCGACGUGAAGGCCAACAACGUGCUGCUCGGCGCCGACAUGGCCGCGAGGCUCGGCGACUUCGGCCUGGCGCGCCUCUACGAGCACGGCGCGGCCCCGGGCACCACGCGCGUGCCCGGCACCCUGGGGUACAUGGCCCCGGAGCUCACCGUGACCAGCCGCGCCACCACGGCCACCGACGUCUUCUCCUUCGGCGCGCUGCUGCUCGAGGUCGCGUGCGGCCGCCGGCCCGUCGAGCCGGGCGAGGCGGCGGACGUGGUCCUGGUGCGGUGGGUCCGGGACUGCGGGCUGGACGGCAACCUGCUGCGCGCCGUGGAUCCGAGGCUGGACGGGUGCUACGACGCCGGGGAGGCGAAGCUGGUGCUGUGGCUCGGCAUGGUGUGCAGCCAGGGCCGGCCUGAGGCCAGGCCCAGCAUGAGGCAGGUCUGCCAGUUUCUCGACGGCGAGGAGGUGCUGCCGGAGGACGCCGUGCUCGUGUUCUCGGAUCCCGACUCGUCCGUGACCCCUGGGUCGUCCGUGCUCUCGUCCAUGACCUGGUCCUCCUCCGGUGGCACCAUGUCCGUCGGCUCGCUGCAUGGCGGUCGGUGA